AUGUGUCUGCGUGAAGGUGGUGAUCAAAUGUUGGAUGAAAUUAAUCGAUGUCAAGAUGUGUUUCUAAAUGAACUUCUACUUGGACCUAAUAUUGCAAGAAAUGCUGCACUGAAAGAGAAUGUCUUCAUGAUGGUCGUUUGUAUUGAGUUAAGGAUACCUUUAUUCUUAGUUGGUAAACCAGGGAGUUCAAAGUCUCUAGCCAAGACUAUUGUAGCUGAUGCCAUGCAGGGAGAGGCUGCUGCUUCUCCAUUGUUUAAAACAUUUAAGCAGGUUCAUAUGUCAUCUUAUCAGUGCAGUCCGUUGUCUACACCAGAGGGCAUUGUGGGUACGUUCAGACAGUGUAGUCGUUUCCAGGAAGGUAAAGAUCUGGAUCGGUUUGUCUCAGUAGUCGUAUUAGAUGAAGUAGGUUUGGCUGAAGAUUCACCAAAGAUGCCCCUCAAGACGUUGCAUCCAUUGUUGGAAUAUGGGUGUGAUGACGAAGAUAAUCCACCACCUCACAAGAAAGUUGCAUUUAUUGGCAUUUCAAACUGGGCGUUGGAUCCAGCUAAGAUGAAUCGUGGUAUACUGGUAUCAAGGGGAGUACCCGAUGAAGAUGAACUCAAAGACAGUGCUGUAGGUAUAUGUUCAACAGAGGACGUUGUGCUGUCUCGUAUCCAACCAAUGAUUCCUGCUUUGGCAAAAGGAUAUUUGACAUUAUACAAGGACCAGAAUAAAGAAUUCUUUGGUUUACGAGACUUUUACAGUCUUGUCAAGAUGGUGUAUGGAUUUUCUAAAGCAUCUGGUAAACCACCAACCUGGCACCAACUGGUCCAUGCCAUAAGACGUAACUUUGGUGGUCUGGAUAAUAUAGAUCCUGUUGAAGUGUUUAAUAAACAGCUACACAAUGUUGAUAAGAGGCAAAUAAAGGGACCAACUGAUCCUGAUUGUGAUCCAGCUGGGCUUAUCCGUGCCAGUUUGGUUGGCUUGGACAGGGACAUAUUGGAUAUGGAAAGUGAGAGUCGUUAUCUACUGGUAUUAACAGAGAAUUUUGCAGCACUUGGUAUUCUACAACAGCAGUUACUCAGCAUGGAAGACACCGUCAUCAUUUUUGGUAGUAGCUUUCCCAAAGAUCAAGAAUAUACACAGGUUUGCCGUAACAUCAACCGAAUCAAAGUCUGUAUGGAAACUGGUCGUACUGUUGUAUUAUUAAACUUAGAAAGUUUAUAUGAGAGUUUAUAUGAUGCCUUGAACCAGUACUAUGUGUAUUUUGGUGGACAGAGAUAUGUAGAUUUAGGUCUUGGAACUCACAGAGUGAAAUGCAGGGUACAUAAUGAGUUCAGAUUGAUAGUUGUUGCGGAUAAAAAUGUUGUUUAUGAAAGGUUUCCAAUUCCACUUAUCAAUCGUCUUGAGAAACACUUCUUGGCAAUGGCAACAAUGCUCACACCUGGAGAGCUUGAAGUGGUAGAUAGACUGGAGAAAUGGGUCAAGAGUUUUGCUACCAUUACCCAGAGUCCACACCAGAGAGACAGGUCCAAAGGUCGAUUCAAAAUACAUGAUGCAUUCAUUGGAUUCAAUAAUGACACUAUAGCAUCAAUUGUAUUACAAGUUACCACGGAUAUGAAUCAACAUGAAGGGAAUCAGGAGUGGCAGAAACAUGUGUAUGAGCAAUCCCAGGAACUGCUGCUGUACUGCGCAACUCCAGAUUCUGUAGCACGGUUAACCAAAUCAGGACUGUGCAGCUCAUCAGAGAGACUGUGGCAGAAGUACUUCAAAGAACAGAAACACAAUUCAGUAGCUGAGUAUUUAGAAUACCAAGUCAGUAUGGCGAAAAGAAGUGGAAAUACAGUUGGAAUACUUGCACAGGUUACCACCCAUUCCAGAUUAUUAUCCCGAUAUGAUAUACAGGAUCUAGCUAGAAACAUUGGUCUUCAUCCAAAGCUGUUACUUCAACACAGUGUCUUCUUACAAGCAUUGCACACUGAGCAACAAUUCACUAAACAUGUUAGGGCAUUCUUCACUGACACUGAUGCUUCAAAGAUGGAAAGACUUCUUCUUGUUCAGUGUGAUGCUGGUGGUAAAUGGCUAGCUGCACAUAUAGAUGAUUUGAGACCACCGCUGUCAAGCCAUCCAGAAAUUACUGCUCUGCAGAACCAAUCAAUGAGUGCUGUCUUUGAAAGUGACAUUCCAAAAAGGCAACAACUGAAUAAGACUUCUCCCAGUGAUUCUGGGAAUCAGAUACCUGAGGAAUCAAAUGAUAUAAUGGAAAGUGAGAUGAAACACAUGCCAGUUGAUGUGAAACUUAUGAAUCUAAACAUGGAGGAAGGACAACAAAUGGAAGUUGAAUCUGGGGGAGAUGAAAUCAUAGAAGUUGCCCCUUGUGAAGAAGAUUCACUUGAAACAGCUGGACUAUUGUAUGAGGCUGGUUUUAUUGGUAAAGUACAAGAGGUGCCAAGUUGUGCUGUUAAAGUGCCAGGAGUUAAUGGUGAGAUAAUGGAUGUAGAUGUUUCCGAUAAACCUGUUCUCCUGGAUACAAGAGCAUUGUUGAAAUGUUGCAUUCAGUCUGCUGCUGUAAUGUUAGAAGAUGAAGAGUGUAGAAAACACCGAUCAACAGGUCGAAUUGAUAUUCUACUAGAAUUGUUUAAAAGGGAAGGCAGCAAACCCAAUCAGCUGAACUUUGUUGAAAUCUUAAAGGAACGUAUUUGUCAACUACUGAAAGAGAAAGAUCAAAGAUCACACGAUCCAACUCAGUGGUUGUGUAAACAAGCUUUGACUGGUGAAAGUGUUCAGACCAGUGGAACUUUCAGGCGUGCUAUAUGGCAAAGUCUGGUAAGCACAGUAACACCACUGUUAGCACAAGUUAUAGGCUUUGCUGACCGCAAUGACAACUUAGAUCUGAUCCUGAAGUCACCAUCUGGAAGCUGGAUUCAUCAGUUAUGGUUGCAAAUACUCAGAAAUCAGAAGUUAUUAGAAAUGACAUACGAAUCAUUCUUAUCACCUGUGAAGAAUACACCAAGGGAAAUCGUGCCUGUACUUGCAUCCGGUGUGAAUGGCAGCUUUUUUACUGCUCAUUGCCCAUUUUCCUGGGUCAUCAAGCAGUUUGUUGAAGAGAAAUGGGAGGAAGCACAAAACAUGAAAGCUUCCACUGGACAGCAGAAUAUUGACACUACUUUUGCUGAGUUGCUUUUGGAAGCAGAACUUGGCCAAACAGUGUUGAGCAAUCUAUCCAAUUCUGACUUCAGUGAAUUCAUGCAUUCCUAUCUUCAUGAUUUUGUCAGGAUGAUAUAUAAAGCAAGCAGUGAUCAUGAAUAUGAGGUUGUAUGCAGAGCAAUACAUAUCGGUUCUUUUGAAUAUCACCAAGCAGAAAGUCUGGAAGAAUUCUUUUUUGCAGUUCCUGAAGUACACAUGUCAUACCAUCGUAUCCGUGGACGACUGGACAGCUUCUUUCAGAUUGCACGUUUACUGCCUGUUGAUAUCCUAGAAAGAAUUCCAGCGGAACAAGAAAUGCAAGUGGUACUGGAUGCUCUGGCAUUAAUAGCGUUGAUGGAAAGUCUUGAGCCAAAGAAAGAUGAGUUAAAUGACAAUGCUAAUAGAGAGCGAUGGUUAAGAAGAGUAAAAGAUGCUGGUCCAGUGGUUGAAAGAGUCUUAGAUGCUGAGAUUCAAUGUACCAUUUUCUAUGGUGAGAUUAGCAGAACACGUAUUCAGCAGUGCAGACCACUGUGGGUUCGUCUUUGUGUCUUGAAGUUAUUUGUAGAACAUGUUUGUCCACCUAAGACGAAGGUUGGAGAUGAGAACAUUAAGCAUUGUAAUCGUCUGAUGAAGGCAUUGGGAGAAGGUGUUAACUUGAAAUCUGUUCAGAGUGUCACAACGAUAGAGAACUUUCUCAGGAAAUGCAAUGAGACAGCAAGUAAAGUUCAUUUCAAAUAUGGUGUACAAGAUUGUGGUAUCUGCCUUGAAGCAAUAAAUGAACCUGUGGCAUUGCCUUGUGAUCAUGUCUUUUGUUUGAAGUGUCUGAAGGAACUUUUUAGGGUCACUGACACUAGAGCUUGUCCAACUUGCAGAAAGGAAGUAUCAAAGCAUUUUAGAUUAGAGAGUUCUGCAAAAUGCAACAAUCGUCAAGUUUAUGUACACUUGCAAGAAUACUUUGAUACUGCACAACACUUGGUGAAGUCUAAAGCAGAGACCAUUGAACUCUGUUUACUGUGCAUCCAGUGCAUUGAGGAUUCAUACCAUAAUCAAUCUGUUCAGUUCUGCCCAAAUGCCACACUUGCUAUACUGAGAGGAGCUACUACAAAAAUUGGAGAUUCUAUUCAACAAAGCCGACAUGAUAAAAGCAGUAUUGGUGUAACACAGUUACAGUCAGUUGCUGGUGUCAGAUUUGGACUAGUCACUGCUGCUGAAGUCAUAUACAAAUUCUUUGGUGGAAGUCGUCAAAGAAAUCAACAGGAGAUUGAUGCAAACCAAACACAAUUCAUGCUUGCUAAGAAAUUACUCGAUAUUACAGCUAAAUUCUUCACAAGUUGUGGAUCCAAGUGGCCGAGAGUGUUCCUUGUAAAACAGAUAUGUCGUAGAUAUGGUAUUGACUGUUUGCAAGGCCUGCUCAAGAAUCCAAGUCUGAGGUGGAUUGCCCCGCCAGAAGCUCAACAACAGGUUGAAGUCAUACCAGAUCGUUUUGUCACUUGUGGCAAGGUUUAUCAAGAUUUACGAGAAGCUAUGGCGACUGCUUUGCUUGAUGGACAAUUUAAGAAAGUAAAAGACAUUCUCCAGAGAUGCACAGAGAAAAGAGAAUACAAGGAAGCCUUACUCAUGUUGGCUAUCUACAGAGAAUUCACCAUGAGUUACGCCAAUACACGGAUGCCAGUGGAUGACCAGGUCUCUCAGAAUCUGAUAACUUUUAUUGAGAAAAGUAAUGCCGUACAGAAAGAAAGACUGGCUAAAGAUCUGGUGUUCAAUAGACAAGGAGGAAAGUGUACCCAACUGAAGGUAGUGGCUAAUCAGCACCCACUGCAUCGUACCCUUGCUGCCAUCGUUGUACAUGCUAUGUCAGUCUUGCAGUGUAGUGGCCAGAAUAAUGUGACAGACCCCCUUGUUGCGUUGAUGAACAAUCCACAGUCAAUGAAC